AUGGGGCUUUUAGCCCAUUCUGCUAAUGUGUAUUCCUCCCGGUUAGAGGCCGCAAUUCAUGGGAUGAUCAAGAGGGCCAUUGCUGCUUCUUUGAUGCCCCUCAGAGAUGAUAUUUAUAGCCACAAAUUGGCCCUAGAUGCCCUAACGGAUGUGGACAAGCUGAAGUCCACUACUAUGUCGUUGAUAUUUGGCAUAGUGGAGAUCCCAGAUGGUACGAGCACCGAAGUUCCAACUUAUUCUUAUGUGGCUCCAGCUACCACCGGAGACGAGGUUAGAGCUAAUGAGGCUGCUGCAGAGUCCAAGGAUGAGAAUGAUGAGGAGCAGCUUGGUGUUCGUGAGGAGGCUGUCUAUGAGGACCUGACUGACCUGGAGGGUGCCAUGUACGAGACAGCUAGAUAG